AUGGACCCCUCCGACCUCACCUUCAUCAUCUCAGCCGUCAACGACACCGCCAACAUCACCGCCGUCGUCGUCGCCACUAUCACCAUCACCAUUACCACCACCGCUACGGAGACCGCUACGGCCACGGCGGGGGCGACGGGGUCGACGUCGCCCUUGCAACCCCGAAUGAGGCAGUUCGACACGGGUCAAUUCGCGUCAAUCCGGACCAGCACGCCUGCACCGCUCAUGCCUUCUAAGAUUCGCGCCAUCCUCGAGAGCCCUGUCGCAGAAUCCGUCGCACCAGCCGAAGACCUUUCUGCCGGCGCGAACAUGGGAGAUGACGCCCGUUCCGAGAGCCCAGACCUUGCGACCCACUGGGAUGACCUCACAGACCAUGAGACCGAUUCCGAGAGCAACUUCGAGCCUGCCCCCAAGGAAGCGGAGAAGCCCAAGCCCCAGGCGAGUAACCCUCAGAAAGGACGACCCGUGGUGCCUUACGAAGACAUUGCGGGCACUGAGUACGACCCCGAAGAUGCUACUGCUGGCUACUGCCGAUCCUCGGCCCACACGAAGCUGCUUACGAGUACUUCGAUUACAAGCAACCGACAUCUCCAGAAUCAACUCCUCUUUGCUUACGAACCAACCCACUAA